AUGCCCACCGGGUCCACGAAUGAGUUCGCGCUGCUGUGGAACAACAUCGCGAGCUUGCAAUCGCAGAUGCAUACGGUGAUGGAGAUGCUCGGUUCGCUGGAGAGGAGCGUGGUUGCCUCGACGAAGCCGCCGACGGGUCAGAAGUCGUACGAACUGCCGUCGAGUUCGCCGAGGAAGAAGGUGCAGAAGAAGGCACCCGCAGCGAAGAAGGUGCAGAAGAAGACACCCGCAGCGAAGAAGACGAUCUCGAAGGCCAAGGCGACGGUGGUUUUGGCGACCCUGCGAGACGGCGCGAACAGCGUCGCGAAGAAAUCGACAAAGAAGCCAGCGGUAAAGAAGACGAACAAGACUACGAAGACGAAUAAGAAAACCCCGCCAAAGUCGAAGAGGGAGCCGACCGAUCGGCUCAGUAUUAAGGAUUUCGAAGUCGGCGGCGAGGUCACCGUCAAGGGCGCGGGUGGCGAGGAGUGGUUUGGCGAGAUUACGCGCGUGCGCGCGGCCAACGCGCUCAAGCCGAUCGAGGUGAAGUGGUUCGAGAAGAAUGGGAACGAGUACAACUACUGGUCCUGCCAAAUGUUGGACAAGAUUCAGAUUCGCACCGUUUUGGAAACGCACCCAAGGGGACACUUUCCGGCUCCCGCCGGAGGACGCGCCGUAUGCGAGACAUGCAAGGCGAAGGGCACCACGUGCGCGGCGACCUCGGCGGCUAUAUGA